AUGUAUGGGUAUGGUAUCAUACAUAAUCCUGAGCAGCAACAAACAAGGAACAGAGCCCAAACAAACUCAAAAGCCAAUACCCAACCAUCCAUUGCCCAUCAUCGCUCGGGCUCCCGUCCCGUGAUUCAAGAUAGAGGUGGUCAGUGGGCAUCAAUCGAAGCCCUGUCGGGUUCACUUACAUACGCAAGACAACACGCCUUGGUGCCUGACCUGGACGUUUUAGUUACCUGA